UUCGGCACUUUCACCGUCCGGAACGGGAAUCCUGGUGUUCUGGAAUCUGCAGCUCACCGCCAACACUUGCCGCUUUUGUUCCCCGCGGCUCCGCAUGCCACCGCCCUCAAAUCCAUCGCUGUUAGCAAACGUCCUUUGUGCAUAGUCGAUUGCCCGGCCUUGAGUUUCUGCGGUCUGGCCUCCAUGGCGCACGCCCCCGCGCAUACAGCCUUACCGCAGCAGCUGCAGGACAUAUGCCUGGCACUUACCGCCGCUAUUGUGCUCUCCGCUUAGCGCAAUGCUUUUACGGUCGCUUUCGAUACUAUACGAACCCCUUAUUCCGUCUGACAUCGCCGUUUGCAUAGUUCUCUCGUCGCUGCUCCUCGCGCUCAUCCUCAUGCUUCGCCCGCCCAUGUCCAACACCCCUCCCGACUGGUGGUCCCGUCUCCGCUCCUUCGUCUUCUCCCCCGCCUCCCCGCGAUCAUCCGCCCCCGGCCCCGCUCCCCACUCCGCUGCCUCGCUCUCGUCCGCGCCAACAUCCGCGCUUUCUCCGCACACUCAACCGCUUGUGCGUUCCGCCGCAUGCGGCGGGGGCCAGCCCGCUCCUUUUUCGUGGACCAGCGGACUGUUACCUGGCGGAGUGAACGGCGGGUGGGCGCAAAGUGACGGGUGGGAAGCGGGCGGCAACGAGCAGAGGAGGGACGGCAGCAGCCACACGACUUCCGCGCUCUCGCCCGCUGGGGGCUUGGGCGCGCGGGGAGGGGGGGGAGCUGCGGGGAUGGGGGCGGAGGAGGUGGCGCGCGUGAAGGUGAGGGGGUUCCACGCGCUGGCGCGGGAGUGUGUGGAGCGGGGGGUGGGCGCGGAGGAGGGGGGGAAGGGCAGCAAGGCCGUGGCGUACUACCGCAAGGCGCUGGAAAUCAUCGGCGACGGACUGUGCACGGGCGCGCACAGCGCGUCGCCCGAAGUGCGUCGCUGCCAUGCUGACCUUACGCGGUGGUCUGCUGACGUCACCCAGCGCCUCUCCGUAUUGCUGCACUCGCCUUCCCCCGCCUCUCAGGCCGCCCGUGCUCCAGCACAGGGCAGGGGGGGGAAGCCCGCCCUGGGUGGCGCUGCAGGGGCGAGGGGCGGCGGGACGAGCGGAGGGGGGAGGGAGGGGGCGGGAGUGGGGGGCGUGGAUGCGCAGCUGGUGGCGCUGGUGGAGAGCGAGAUCGUGGACGCCAAGCCCAGUGUACGGUGGAGUGACAUAGUGGGGCUGGAGCGCGCCAAGCAGGCGCUGCAGGAGAUGGUCAUUCUGCCCGCGCUGCGCUCCGACCUCUUCCAGGGCAUCCGGCGCCCGCCCCGAGGGCUGCUGCUGUACGGCCCGCCCGGCAACGGUAAGACGAUGCUGGCGAAGGCGGUGGCGGCGGAGGCGCGCGCCACGUUCUUCAACAUCAGCGCCGCCACACUCACUUCCAAAUGGAUGGGCGAGUCGGAGAAGCUAGUUCGGGCGCUGUUUGCCGUGGCCAGCCAGCGACAGCCAUCCAUUAUCUUCAUAGACGAGGUAGACAGUGUGUUGAGUGCGCGCGCGGCGAGUGAGCAGGAGGCGAGUCGGCGGCUCAAGACGGAGUUCCUGCUGCAGUUUGAUGGCGUGCUCACAGCCGACUCCGACCAUGUCGUCGUCAUCGGCGCCACCAACCGCCCGCAGGAGUUGGAUGAGGCGGUGUUGCGGCGACUGGUGAAGCGCAUCUUCAUUCCUCUGCCCGAUGCCGCAGGGCGCGCUGCUCUCUUGCGCCACCUCACACGAGGCCGUGACUUUGCCCUCUCAGAUGCUGACCUACAAUGCAUUGUCUCUCUCACUCAAGGGUACUCAGCGAGUGACCUGAAGGCGCUGUGCCAGGAGGCGGCCAUGGCGCCCAUCAGGGAGCUGGGAGGCCGCAUCGCCACCGCCAGCGCACACGAGGUGCGUCCUGUGCGUGUGAGUGACAUGCACGCAGCGCUCUCUGUCAUCCGUGCCACCUGCUCUCCUGACCGCCUUGAGACCAUGCAGCAGUGGUCCGCUGAUUUUGGAGCUGCUCCGUGACCUGACCUCUCUCCAUGUGCAUCAUGCACGGUGCUACACUUCAUUGAGCUUCCUCUCCUCCAUUCUGCUGCACCCCGCUCCUACCUACUUGAGUCGAGUGGUGGUUUACGUUAUUUCCCUUCCCGGUGUAUAUUCUGUUUGUAUAUACCAGAAAAUGGGUUUCUGUAUAGGGCGUGGUACAUUUUGUUCACACAAGCCCUGAAGUUGGAACCCUUUUAGCGGUUGUAGAAGGUUUUGUGUGUUUACAGUGCAUUUUCCGUAAAAAGUAUUGAAGCGGUCAAAUAUUGUCUGUAGGA